AUGAGCAAAGCAUUAUCAAAACCACAAUUGAAGCUUUUGAUUGAGAAAAUCACAAAGUUAUACCCCGCGAGCUACGCUGACGCUAGUUGGGACAACACUGGACUGCUAAUCGACUGCUCAGCACCGCAAUCUUCUGUGGAGAAACCUAAAGUGCUACUGACAGUCGAUCUGACGGCUUCAGUGGCAGAGGAAGCUGUGGCUAAUGAUUGUAGUCUGGUGCUGGCUUACCACCCAUUCAUUUUCCCUAGUUGGAAGCGGUUGAGUCCAUGGUCGAAUUCGCAGCAUCGCUCAGCUAUCAAGUUGAUUCAGAGCGGAAUCAGUGUCUACUGUCCUCACACUGCUGUGGACGCCGCAAAAAACGGCGUCAACGACUGGUUGGCACAUAGUUUGGUUCGUGACCAAUCGCUUCUGAAAUCAAGUGUCAGCAUAGAGAAGGUUACGCCCGAGCAAGGCGAGCUUGAAUGCGAGGUCGGAUACGGCCGCGUUGUAUCAUUUAGUACUGUUGUUCACCUGAAAGACAUUAUCAGCCAAGUCAAGAGCGCCCUUGAAAUCCCCCAUUUGCAAGUUGCCGUGAAGGACCCUUUGGCCGAUUUCGAAGUCCGCAGCGUCGCGCUUUGUGCUGGCAGUGGUUCUGGUGUGUUCAAGGCCCUAAAGCAAGAUGUGGACCUAUACUUCACCGGUGAGAUGUCGCAUCAUGAGGUUCUCAGGCUCAAAGAAAUGGGCAAAGCCGUGAUUGUGUGUAAUCACUCAAACACCGAGCGCGGUUUCUUGAAGCACGUUAUGCAGCAUGAACUAGCUCGUGCAGGCGUGGAAUGCAUCGUGAGCGCCACCGACUCCGACCCGCUGGUGGUGGUUUGA